CAUUCAUAAGAUUAUUACUCACAUUACAAUUUGGACUUCGAAAGCGCAUGAAGCGUUCGCGGUAGAAAAAAUGUUUAAAAUUUUCUGAAAACAUAAAAUUCCAAACUCCAAAUUAAAUUGUGCAAGUGUUUUUCGAGAAUAUAAAAAAAUAAAUUUGAUAUUUUCGAGUUUGUUCUUAUUGGAGAAAACCAGUUGCACGACGAAAAAAAAAAUCAAUUAAAAAAAAAAAAGAAAAAAGAUUGAAACAAAGGAAACCAGCGCAGCUUAAAGCCAUCUAUUGGAAAGCAGCGAUCAAUAUAUAUAAAUAUAUAUAUAUCCAGUGAAAAUCAAAGUAAUAAGGAAAAAAUGGACUCUAAGGAGAACAAUGAACAGCAACCGCAGAAGAAUCAAGACAACGAUUUGCGGCUGCGGACGGACAGCGAAAGCUCCACGGACAGCAUGACGCGCUUCCUGAUACCCAGCGUCGCUGGCAGCCCGCCCAAGGUGGUAACCAUGGAUGAAGUAGCCAGCAUGUUCAAGAAUCUCCAAAACAUGGAACUAGCCCAUGAGAUAGCACUCAAUCCCGAGUUUAAGCUGCAGCCAUAUGAGCCACCCAUGGACAGUAUGGAGGGUCGCAUCAAGACCAUGGUGCACAAGGCAUUUUGGGAUAUGCUGCGCGAGCAACUGGAACGUCAGCCGCCGUCAUACGAUCAGGCCAUUCGAUUGCUGGGCGAGAUUAAGGAGGAUUUUCCGCAGCUGUUGUCGGUGAAGAAUGCAAGCGCUUUGGGUCGCAUCAAUGCGGCAUUGGAUGAGGCACUAAUCAGACAGCAGGCGGAGAAGGGCACCUUGGAUUUCAGGGCAUAUGCGAACUUUGUGAUCCAUCUGCUGUCCAGCAUGUGUGCGCCGGCGCGAGAUGAGACUGUGGCCAAGCUGCGCGAAAUCGAUGAUGUUGUCGACACAUUCCGCGGCAUAUUGGAGUGCAUGUCCCUCAUGAAGCUGGACAUGGCCAAUUUUAUGCUCUCCGUGGCCCGCAACGAUAUUGCUGCCAACUCUGUCGAAUACGAGAAGCAAAAGUUUAGCAACUAUUUGCGGGAGUUUCAUGGAAAUGCUGGUUUUCCGUCCACCGAGGAUUGGCUGCAGCGCAAUCGUGCAGGAUGCAACAGCAACGACGACAUCAUCUACAAUGCUUGCAUGCAACUGCUGGACUAUCCGGCUGACAAAGAAUUUCCCGAACUGCUGCGCAUCGACAAGGAUCGCUUUGCCGGUCUCAGCUGGCGCGCACAACGACUAAUCCUGUGCGCCUCGCUCAUCUCAAUAGCGCAAAGUGUGCCGGUUAUAUCGCAACGACGCGAGAAUCGCAUUAAACUGGCCCAGCAGCUGGAGGUGCUGGUGCAGCAUGUAAAACAAAAGGAUCAACUGAACGCUGCCAUUGAUAACUGCUAUGAGCAGAUACGCGCAUUUAUUAAUACUUCACUAGCCAGCGAGGAGCUGCCCCCGCUUACCGAGUCCCAGGAGGCUCAGCUGAAAACUCAGGUGCUCCAGCUGACCAACAAGGCGUCGCCCGUCCGCACCCUAAUGGCCAAUCGCUUGGAUGGCUUUGUGCGCGUCGCUUUGCGCUCCAAUGGCAAUAUACCGCCGCCACCGCCCGGCUUCAUUGACUAUGCGGAGGAGCUGGUUGCAUUCAUUGCCUCGUUCCGUCGCCUCGUCUCCUACAAUCAUGCCGUCUUCGGCGAGUAUUUUAUGCAGCUACUCAACAAGCAGCAUUCGAACACCGAAGAGCCUGUGGCCAGCAGCAGCAGCAACAAUCUUUCGGCUGGUUUGGCCUAGAGAGGGAGACAGAGAAAAAGAGAGAGAGAGAGCGCAAGCGAGAAAGAGAGAGCGCAAGCGAGAAAGAGAGAGCGCGAGCAAACAAAAUAGCUAAAGCAUGAGAGAGAUAGAAAGAGCGGAAGACGCAACAAAUAUGUAUGUCUGCUGGUGGAUAAAGCAUUGGAAGCGCGAGCACGUCAAGUGCUGAAAAUAUAACUAGCUAUAUAUCGUUUAUAUAUAUAUGUAUGUUAGCGGAAAAUAACUCACAAAAAUAUGUGGAAAGCACUCGCAACCAAAACUCGCCCAAAAUCCCCUAACUGACCUGACGUAAUAGUUAAUUUUGUUAUGUUUAAUUGUUUAAGAUAUUGACAAACACAGAAAAAGAACGAUCAUAACUAUGAUGCUAUGGCCAAAAGCCAAGAGGAACAAAUGAAAAAUUGGGAUAGAUAAACAAUGAUCUUACAAAUCCCCAAACCUGUAGUGGGGUCUGUGCUGCGGUGGGCGUUUGUGAUAGGAGGAGAACUACAAAUAUAUAAAAGUACGGGAAACACACACGACAAAAUGAACAACUUGCUGAAUGGGGCUAAAGAACGCCUGGGCAAGCUCACGCCCCCUUUUCCCACCCCAUCCCCGAUCAUCAUUACCACCAAAAAAAUAAAAAUCAAUAAACCUUCAAUAACAGCAACAACUAUUGGCAGCUGCAGGUUUAUAUAUAAAUAUUAACAAAAAUGUAAUCUUAUUUACCUUAUCCUAAAUAAAGGAAAUGAGCUGUAUUAACAUUAGUUGUUAAGCCACUCUAAUCAAUGUCUAUGCAUAACUUUAUAUUUAUAUAUAUAUGUACAUAUGUAUAUGUAUUUAUAAACAUAUGUACAAUAUAUAGUUAAUGGUUCUACUUAUUGAUCCACGUUUCAUAAUGUGCUAAGAUCUAAUCACGAUAUAUAAUAAUUUACCCAUAUACAAAUCGCGCUCAUUUUUAUGGGUGCGUGCAAUAAAUUGAAUCGAAUUACUUAAAGAAACUUAAAUGC